UUCAGUGUUUGAAACCAGCACUUACCAGGGCCUUCGCCCUCAGCAGGAGGCCCUGGGUACGAGGUUGGGCUCUGCACUCUGAGGACAAGGUUCCUCACUCUGAGGACAAGGUUCCUCACUCUCAGGACAAGGUUCCUCACUCUGGGGACAAGAUUCCUUACUCUGAAGAUAAGGUUCGUCACACUGAGGACAAGGUUCUUCACUCUGAGGACAAGGUUCCUCACACUGAGGACAAGGUUCCUCAUUUUGAGGACAAGGUACUUCACUCUGAAGACAAGUUUCUUCACACAGAGGACAAGGUUCUUCACACUGAGAACAAGGUUCUUCACUCCGAGGACAAGGUUCCUCAUUUUGAGGACAAGGUUUUCCACUCUGAGGACAAGGUUCUUCACUCUGUGGAUAAGGUUCUUCACUCUGAGGCCAAGGUACUUCACCCUGAGGACAAGGGUCUUCACUUUGAGGACAAGGUUCUUCACCGUGAGGACAAGGUUCUUCACUCUGAGGACAAGGUUCCUCAUUUUGAUGACAAGGUACUUCACUCUGAAGACAAGUUUCUUCACACAGAGGACAAGGAUCUUCACAAUGACAACAAGGUUCUUCACUCCGAGGACAAGGUUUCUCACUUUGAGGACAAGGUUUUCCACUCUGAGGACAAGGUUCUUCACUCUGUGGAUAAGGUUCUUCACUCUGAGGCAAAGGUUCUUCACCCUGAGGACAAGGUUCUUCACUUUGAGGACAAGGUUCUUAACCCUGAGGACAAGGUUCUUCACCCUGAGGACAAGGUUCUACAAUCUAAGGACAAGGUUCUUCACUCUGAGGACAAGGUUCUUCACCCUGAGGAGAAGGUUCUUCACUCUGAGGACAAGGUUCUUCACUCUGAGGAUAAGGUUCCUCACACUGGGGACAAGGUUCCUCGAUUUGAGGGCAAGGUUCUCCACUCUGAGUACAAGGUUCUCACUCUGACGACAAGGUUCUUCACUCUGAGGACAAGUUCCUUCGCUCUCAGGAGAAGGUUCUUCGCUCUGAGGACAAGGUUCCUAACACUGAGGACAAGGUUCUGCACUCUGAGGAAAAGGUUCCUCACUCUGAGGACAAGGUUCCUCACUCUGAGGACAAGGUUCUUCUCUCUGAGGACAAGGUUCCUCACACUGAGAGCAAGUUUCUUCACUCCGACGACAAGGUGCCUCACUCUGAGGACAAGUUUCUUCACUCCGAGGACGAGAUUCUUCAUUCUGAGGACAAGUUUCUUCACUCUGAGGACAAGUUCCUUCAAUCUGAGGACAAGGUUCUUCUCUCUGAGGACAAGGUUCUUCACUAUGAGGACAAGGUUCCUCAUUUUGAGGACAAGGUUUUCCACUCUGAGGACAAGGUUCUUCGCUCUGUGGAUAAGGUUCUUCACUCUGAGGCCAAGGUACUUCACUCUGAGGACAAGGUUCUUCACUUUGAGGACAAGGUUCUUCACCGUGAGGACAAGGUUCUUCACUCUGAGGACAAGGUUCCUCAUUUUGAGGACAAGGUACUUCACUCUGAAGACAAGUUUCUUCACACAGAGGACAAGGUUCUUCACACUGAGAACAAGGUUCUUCACUCCGAGGACAAGGUUCCUCACUUUGAGGACAAGGUUUUCCACUCUGAGGACAAGGUUCUUCACUCUGAGGACAAGGUUCUUCACUCUGAGCACAAGGUUCUUCACUCUCAGGACAAGGUUCCUCACUUUGAGGCAAGGAUCCUCGCACUGAGGACAAACUUGCUGACACUGAGAAAAAGGUUCCUCAGUCUGAGGACAUGGUUCUUCACUCUGAGGACAAAAUUCUUCACUCUGCGGAAAAACGUUCCUCACUCUGAGGACAAUUUCUUCACUCUGAGAACAAGGUUCUUCACUCUCAGGACAAGGUUCUUCACACUGAGGACAAGGUUCUUCACUCUAAAGAGAGGGUUCUUCACUCGGAGGACAAGAUUCUUCACUCUGAGGAUAAGGUUCCUCACACUGGGAACAAGGUUCCUCGAUUUGAGGACAAGGUUCUCCACUCUGAGUACAAGGUUCUUCACUCUGAGGAUAAGGUUCUUCACUCUGAGGACAAGGUUCUUCACCCUAAGGGCAAGGUUGUUCACUCUGAAAACAAGGUUCUUCACUCUGAGGACUAGAUUCUUCACUCUGAGGACAAGGUUCUUCACUCUGAGGACAAGAUUCUUCACUCUGAGGACGAGGUUCUAUACUCUGAGGACAAGGUUCUUCAGUCUGAGGACAAGGUUCUUCACUCUGAGGACUAGCUAGGGUCUUCACUCUGAAGACAAGGUUCUUUACUCUGAGGACAAGGUUUUUCACUGUGAGGACAAGGUUCCUCACACUGAGGACAAAGAUUCUGACACUGAGAACUAGGUUCUCCACUCUGAGGACAAGGUUCUUCACACUGACGACAAGGUUCCUCACUCUGAGGACAAGUUCGUUCGCUCUCAUGAGAAGGUUCUUCGCUCUGAGGACAAGGUUCCUAACACUGAGGACAAGGUUCUGCACUCUGAGGAAAAGGUUCCUCACUCUGAGGACAAGGUUCCUCACUCUGAGGACAAGGUACUUCACUCUGAGGACAAGGUUCUUCUCUCUGAGGACAAGGUUCCUCACACUGAGAGCAAGUUUCUUCACUCCGAGGACAAGGUGCCUCACCCUGACGACAAGUUUCUUCACUCCGAGGACGAGAUUCUUCAUUCUGAGGACAAGUUUCUUCACUCUGAGGACAAGGUUCUUCUCUCUGAGGACAAGGUUCUUCACUAUGAGGACAAGGUACGUUCCUCACUGUGAGGACAAGAUUCCUCACACUGAGGACAAAUUUGCUGCCACUGAGGACAAGGUUCCUCAGUCUGAAAACAAAAUUCUUCAGUCUGAGGACAAGGUCCUUAACUCCGAGGAAAGAGUUCCUCACACUGAGGACAAGGUUCUUCACUAUGAGGACAAGUUUCCUCACUCGUAGGACAAGGUUCCUUACUCUGAGGACACUUUGAGGACAAGGUUCUUCACACUGAGGACAAAGUUGCUAACUCUCAGGGGAAGGUUCUCCACUCUGAAGACAAGGUUCUUCACUCUGAGAAUAAGGUUCUUCAUUCUGAGGACAAGAUUCUUCACUCUGAGAACAAGGUCCUUCACUCUGAGGACAAUGUUCCUCAAUAUGAGGACAAGGUUCCUCAAACUGAGGACAAAUUUGCUGACACUGAGGACAAAGUCCCUCACAUUGAGGACAAGGUACUUCACUCUGAGGACAAGGGUCCUCACUCUGAAGACAAGGUUCCUCACACUGAGGACAAGGUUCUUCUCUCUGAGGACAAGGUUCCUCACUCGUAGGACAAGGUUCCUCACUCUGAGACAAGGUUCUUCACUCUGAGGACAAGUUUCUUCACUCUGAGGACGAGGUUCCUCACAUUGAGGGCAAGGUUCUUCACUCCGAGGACAAGGUGCCUCACUCUGAGACAAGGUUCUUCACUCUGAGGACAAGUUUCUUCACUCUGAGGACGAGGUUCCUCACAUUGAGGGCAAGGUUCUUCACUCCGAGGACAAGGUGCCUCACUCUGAGGACAAGGUUCUUCACUCUGAGGACGAGGUUCUUCACUCUGAGGACAAGUUUCUUCACUCUGAGGACUAGGUUCUUCACUCUGAGGACCAGGUUCUUCACUCUGAGGACAAGUUUCUUCACUCUGAGGACGAGGUUCCUCACACUGAGGACAAGGUUUUGCGCUCUGAGGACAAGGUUCCUAACACUGAGAAUAAGGUUCUUCACUCUGAGGACAAGGUUCGUCACACUGAAGACAAGGUUCCUCACUUUGAGGACAAGGUUCUUCACUCUGAAGAUAAGGUUCUUCACUCAGAUGAGAAGGUUCUUCAAACUGAGGACAAGGUUCUUCACUCCGUGGAGCAGGUGCCUCACUCUGAGGACAAGGUUCCUCACUCUGAGGACAUGUUUCUUCACUCUGAUGACCAGGUCCUCCACUCUGAGGACAAGCUGCUGCACGCUGAGGACUAGGUUCCUCACACUGAGGACAAGCUUCCUCACUUUGAGGACAAGGUUCUUCACUCUGAAGACAAAGUUCUUCACUCUCAAGACAAGGUUUUUCACUCCGAGGACAAGGCUCCUCACACUGAGGACAAGGUUCCUCACUUUGAGGACAAGGUCCUCCACUCUGAGGACAAGGUUCUUCACUCUGACGACAAGAUUCUUCACUCUGAGGACUAGGUUCGUCACUCUGAGGACAAGGUUCUUAAUUCCGAGGAAAAGGUUCUUCACUCUGAGAACAAGAUUCCUCACUUUGAUGACAAGGUUCGUCACUCUGAGGACAAGUUCUUCACUCUGAGGACAAGGUUCUUCACUCUGAGGACAAGGUUUUUCACUCUGAGGACAAGGUUCUUCAUACCGAGGACAAGGUUCCUGACUCUGAGGACAAGGUUCUUCACCCUGAGGAGAAGGUUCUUCACUCUGAGGACAAGGUUCUUCACUCUGAGGACAAGGUUCCUCACACUGAGAGCAAGUUUCUUCACUCCGACGACAAGGUGCCUCACUCUGAGGACAAGUUUCUUCACUCCGAGGACGAGAUUCUUCAUUCUGAGGACAAGUUUCUUCACUCUGAGGACAAGUUCCUUCAAUCUGAGGACAAGGUUCUUCUCUCUGAGGACAAGGUUCUUCACUAUGAGGACGAGGUUCCUCAUUUUGAGGACAAGGUUUUCCACUCUGAGGACAAGGUUCUUCGCUCUGUGGAUAAGGUUCUUCACUCUGAGGCCAAG